CCCAUUCCCCCUCCGACGGCCCAGGUCCUGCACCAACCUGUACCUGUGACUACCCUGCCCGAAACAGGUGCUGGGCCUGGCUUCCAAUCCAUCAUCAUCAAUAUAGCAGCUGCAGAGCAAGCGGGGCUCGGCUCAUUCCUCUGACCUGUGGGGAAGCAGAGACCCAGAAGACAGCGGAGAACCUAGAGACAGAGCGGACCUGAGGAGCUGUGGUGGGCAGGGCUCUGCAAGUCCUCCCUGGCUGGAGUCCCUUGGGGGCCCCCCAGGGGUGCUGCCCUUGCCCCUCUGUGGGGCCGCUGCCCCAGGGGGCCCUGUUGCCCAGGAUGUCUGUGGCUGUAGAGGCCUUUGGCUUUUUCCUGUCAGCCCUGGGGCUGCUGAUGCUGGGGCUGACACUGCAGAACAGUUACUGGCGGGUGUCCACCGUACACGGCAACGUCAUCACCACCAACACCAUCUACGAGAACCUCUGGUUCAGCUGUGCCACUGACUCCUUGGGCGUCUCCAACUGCUGGGAGUUCCCAUCCAUGCUCGCAUUGUCCGGGUAUGUCCAAGGCUGCCGUGCCCUCAUGAUCACUGCCAUCCUCCUGGGCUUCCUGGGCCUUGGCCUAGGCCUGCUGGGGCUGCGCUGUACCAACUUUGGAAACAUGGAACUCUCCAGGAAAGCCAAGCUGGCGGCCAUCGCAGGCGCCUUGGACAUCCUUGCUGGGGCCUGCGGGAUGGUGGCCAUCUGCUGGUACGCGGUCAACAUCACCCAGAACUUCUUCAACCCUCUGUACAACGGGACCAAGUAUGAGCUGGGCCCCGCCCUCUACCUGGGCUGGAGCGCCUCCCUGCUGUCCAUCCUGGGCGGUGGCUGCCUGGGCUCCAGCUGCUGCUGCGGCUCCAAGGAGGACCCAGCAGCCCGGCCCAGGCUUCCCUACAAGGCAUCCACGGUGGUGAUGGCGCCUGGCCCCUCAGAUGAAAGCGAUAUUAGCUUUGGGAAAUACGGCAAAAAUGCGUACGUGUAGGUGUUGGAGUCUCCGCCUGUGGACCCCCCCACCCCUGCCCAGUGGGGGCAGGGACCCCUUCCCCGCCCAGGGACCAACAGCCCCUUAAGAACCUCAGGGAAGUCCUGCCCACCCACAGCCCUCACUCCUUUAGUCUCCUCCUCCCUCCUACUCCAGCCCCAGGGAGGGUGACUCUCAUCCUCCGGACCCUCCCAGGCCCAGAGGGGCUCUGGAGAACUCCCCUCGGGCCCAGUGGUUGGAGAAGUCCCUCCUGUGUGCAUCCUAUAUAAAUGUAUAACUACGUGCAUCUAUAAAUGUGU